AUGAAUGGCAAACAUAAAGGAGCAGCUAACCUGUGCAGAGAAGGGGACAAAAUAUUGCUCUCAGGAGACCCUGGCAGGGCUGCAGCACUGUACACUCAUGCUUUUGGAAAUCAUGCAGGAUCCACUGUAGGACACAUGCGUGGACUUGACACAGGUCAUUUAGAGGAGGUUAUUGCAACACUGGAGGCCUGGCUUGAUGGCAGUUCACACAACUCUAUUGAGGGUCCGAGCAAAGGUCUUGUUGCUGUAUUUCUGUCUACAUUAUGUCCUAAUAAUUUGUCUGCUUCUCUUUAUAAAAUGGAGUCUGUCUUGCAAGGGACAGGUCAGGCCUCAGAUGAGAUCUUUGCAAGAUGUUCUGCUCUCCUCAAGGGAAAACAAGCACCCCAACCUGUGGGUCGCACACGCUUAGUUCUGGAGCUAACGAGAGCUCUGGCCUGCUUGCUUUCUGACCCUCAAAAUCCCAAAGGCCCUCAGCUUUAUCUGCAGGCCUUUCAUGGGAAUAGAUCUGAAGCCGUAAGACUUGUUAAAGAAAGGCAGACUCAACACGUGGAGCUAAUAAUUAAAGCCUUUUACCAGCAAUUGUCUCCAAGAUAUCCCAUUUUCCAAAGUAAGGAGCAGGUGGAGAAAGAAUCAUAUUCUACACAAGCAAGUGAAGACAUUGAUUCCUCUAAAGCCAUUGAGUUUUUACUUGCCAUUUCACCAGAAGACAUCCAAGUAAGAGAGCUUCAAGCUGCAGUCUUGUUUUCAUCAGUAAAGUUCCCUGAAAGUGCAGAAGCUUUGUCUCUGACUCUUCAACUAGGCGAAUCUCCUGCUGAACAAGAAAUGACAGCAGAGAAGAGAGCUUGUUUAUUGGUGAGCAGAGCAGCUGCUCAUUUUGCAGCAGGAGGACGAGCAAAAGAAGUCUGCAAAGAUCUAGGUGAUGGCUUUGCGCUCCAUCCUGCCACAGCAAGGCAGCAAUUCCAAAGUCUUUUCUCAGACAGUGGCAUAGGAACGGCUGCCCGCAUCCAGCUGCGUCAACAGGCAGAGAAGGGCGUCUCGGAGUUCAGGGAGGCGGUUCUAAUGAGGUCUGACCUUCGAUCUUCAAAAGGAGUGGAGUUGUUGGAUCCUGUUAUCUCUCAACUACGAGCUCUCUGCCACUUAGAGCCGGACGGAGGAGGUAGGGAACUGCGGGUGCGUCUGGCAGAUUGCCUCCUUCUGCGUGGUGAACAUAGAGAAGCUCUAUCCAUUAGUAGCCAGCUAGCCGCUCCAGCACAGCAAAGCUACCAGAACACAGUGCAAGUGCUCAGAGGCUAUUCCCGACUCUUCAUUGAAGACCAUAAAGGUGCACUGGAGGAUUUCCAAGCAGUCAUCGAGCAUAAUACUCCUCACCCACCCAGCUGUGUCCGUGCUCUCUGUGGUAGGGGUAUCCUGCGUAUGAUGGCUGGCUCACACUACCUCACUGCUCUAGAUUAUGCUACGGCAAGCCGAUUGCAGCUGCAGGACGCUGCUGUAACUGUUAGGUGCCUGGUGCCUUGGAACUGCCGUGGGUUGCUGUGCACCGUGUUGCUGGAACAGGGAAGAGUUAUGCUUGAGGGGGUCGAGGAGGAAAAAGCUGAAUCCAAUCCUACAGCACAACAAGAGCUUGAAGAGGGUCACAUCAACAACAAACAGAGGUCUCCCAUUGGUGUGCAUGCUCUCGCUCUUCUCCUAAUGGAGUUACAGCCCGGUACUGAUGGACCCCAGAUUCUCACAGCGGACGCUCUGUACCAGUUGGGUCGCGUUGAGGAGGCUUAUCGACUUCUUCUAAAUAUUGAACACACAGCUCCACGACCACCAAUUCUUGCACGCCUUGCAAUACUGCAGUUGCAUCGAGGCUUCCUCUAUGAUGCCUAUCAGCUUCUGAAGAAGCUGAUUAAUUCUGGAGACACUACCUGUCUACGUCCCCUUCUGUCUGUAACAUCUUUACAAGACAGAGCACUUCUAGAAAAACAUUGCCACACCGCUUCCAAACGUAUACUGUGUGGCCAACAAGCAGAGAGUGCCAUAAGGGAAGCUGUGGCCUAUUUGACCAUCGCCAUUAUGGCUUCAGGUGGUGGGGCAAUAGAUUCCAUCCUGGAGAGAGCAAGAUGCUAUGCUCUGUUGGGCCAGUGGAAGACAGCCAUCUUUGACUUCACUGCAAUCCUUAAAAAGCAACCAGAUUAUGUGCAGGCUUUGUGCGGAAGAGCAUUCACUUAUCUCAUGCUGAACCAGCAGAAGGAAUGCACACUAGACAUACUGGCAGCCCUUCAGUGUGGUGCAAAGGAGGCCACUCAGAGCAUGCUGUCUCUUAAAGACAAAGCUCGCAGACUCAUCAGUGAAUGGUUGGGUCAGCACUGUCGCAAAAGCCUGGCAGAAAUUCUGUUGACCAAUCCUGUGCCCUGUCGGGAGGAGCAUCUUCGAGAGGCCUUUCUGAUUAGUGGAGCACUAAUGAACAUCGACUGCAGGGAACCCAGGUGGCACCUCCUCUACAUCGAUACACUGCUUGCCAAAGGGGAUGUGAAUGCAGCAGGUGCUCACCUGAAGCAGGUGUUUGGUCAGGAGCCUCGGGAUGCCGCAGCUAAAGCCAGGUGGGGCGUUGUAAAGGCCUGGCAGCAGAACUACAAAGUAUCUGCCAGUUAUCUGAGUGUAGUGGCAGAGAAAGAACCAGCAACUUUAGACUUUCUAAUCAGUCUUCUGCAGUCAGCCCAAAGAAAACGUUUGGCACAGGCAGCAUCUCAGCAGGCCAGCUGUGUUUCUGAAAGUGGCCAAUGGGAGCAGGCUUUAGCUCUCCUUACAUUAGCAGUGCGAGGGGUCAGUGAGAUGAAGCUUCAGUACCUCAGACAGAGAGCAGCCUGUCUGACUCACCUCGGCCUCCAUGAGAGGGCAGUGUCUGAUCUGAGUAAGGUCAUCCAGGGUCACACUGCGGACGGGAGAGAGGAGCAGAGGGUCUGGGCAGAGGACCUUUGCCGCCGAGGCCGUUGUCUGCUGUUGUGUUCCCAGGAGAAGUCUGGAUUACAGGACUUUUCUCAAGCCCUGGACCUGCACGAGGAGCAGGCACUGCUGUGUGUGGAAGCUGGUCUGGGAAGACAACGCCUUGCCGAAAUGUAUCUGCGCUUUGCCCUGCAAAACUAUGGAGAGCAGAAACUGGAGAAGGCCUGGUUUCUGACCGAGACUGGGCUUAAAGUGGACACCGGCCAUGUUGAACUGCGCAGACUGAGGGCUAGAAUAAAACGAGAGGUCUCUGGUCCAUGUACUGUCAAUUAAUUGUGAACUGAUGGUAACACAAGGAUUAUGUUUUUAUAUAAUAAUUGUGGUUAAAUGGGCAAGAUUUUAUGAUCAUAAAACAAAGUAUUGCUAUAAGUCACUGUGGUACAUCAGUGUCUUAAAUUUAAUCUAAGUUUUAUUGAACUCAACAUUGGUUCAAGGGCUUUUCAAAAUAUAUUAAAACAAA